AUGCCUAAAGAAAUUCCCAUUAAAGAGGCCGUAAUGCAAGAGUCAGAAGCAUCGGGUUCAGAUUCAUUCCAAGAGUAUGGUCCACCAAAGGUUCAAGAGGUGUCCCAAGACCUUUCAAAUCAAGGCCUGCCAGACGCAGAAAUAGAACAAACCUUCGCAGCGGUUGAUUUGAAGGUUGAACAAAACGAAGAAAAAGAAGUUGCUGUGGCAGUAGCUCAAGCUGCUACUGAAGAGGUUGAAGGCAAGGUAAACCAGAAAUCAAUUUCGGAAGAAAUAAUGCCAGUUACGGAAACGUUAGUUAUUGUUGAAAGUACAACUUUAACCGCUGAAUCUGACAUAAUAACUGAAGUCCAACCAGCGUUUGAGGUAAUCACCCAAGUUACAGAUGAAAGUAGUGCAAAUGUCAUUAAUACUGAAACAGAAAUCACCCAAGAAGAAGACGCAAGCCUUGGUACUGAACCACAGAAAUUAGUUAAUCAGCUUCAACAGAAAUCUGUAGAGUUAACUCAGCAAGAAAAUGAAAAUGCUAAUAGUGAAAUAGUAACCACUUUUGAACAGAGGGUACAAGAGGAAGAAAUACAAACUGUGGCAAAAGAGGUAGAAAAAAUUGAGACCGAAGUGAAACAAGUAAAAACUGAGGUGGAGAAAAUAGAAACUCAAGUGCAGAACGUCGAGUCAGAAUCCAAAGCAGUGAAGCAAGAAAUUCAAAAUGUUCCCGAAUUGCUGAUUAACUUAGAUAACGAAAUCAAAAAGCAACAGGCCGAAAACAUUCAAGAAAUAGCGAAAGUUACUCUAGAAACCUUUGGGUCUCUUGAGCAAGCUCCUGAGGGCUUCUUGGAAUAUGGUCCUCCAGGUUUCAAGGAGUAUGGACCUCCAAAAGAUGAACUCAGGUCUACAGCCGAGGAAAUCAAACCUGAAUUACAAUCGAUUAAAAUCAAUGAAACGAGGAAGAGACGAUUUUCCCCAAAAUUCAGAAUCACCAGUAAGGCUAAUAAACCAUGA